UUCUCUUUCUAUCCCUCCUAAUUCCCAACCUAAUUGCAACUUAAUGGCUCAUCGAACAAGAAAGAGACCACGUUCAAAUCAUGCGGUGGAUGAAUCGUUGCACUUUUUCAAGAUAAUUCUUCCUCAUACAAUUGCAGAGAAGAAGCUGAAAAUUCCGAACAAGUUUGUUGGGAAAUUUGGGCAUGAACUUUCCAGUGUUGCUACUUUCGUUCUUCCCAGUGGAAGAAAAUGGGAGAUAAGGUUAACAAAGGCUGAUGACAGAAUUUGGCUUGAUGAUGGUUGGCAUGAAUUUGUUGAGUAUAAUUCAAUCCGCUGUGGGUAUUUUCUGGUCUUUAGAUAUGGAAAAGAUUCCACUUUCCACGUUAUUAUAUUUGAUAAUAGUGCUUGCGAGGUUGACUAUCCAAGUUAUGUUCCAAGUAAUGAUGAGGAGCUCACUGAUGGUGAGAGCGAGAAACGCUCAAUUCACCAAGAUAGUGAAACAGAAGAGGACGAUUCACCUGAGCUUUUAGGUGUCAAAGCUCGGAAUUUGAAUGAAAGGGCAAACCGAGAAGCUAUCAGCGGAAAGCAGGAUGCAUCAUCUCAGCAGCAUUUGGUCAGAAAGCCUCAAGGAGAUGCUGCUUCACACAAGAAUUCUGAAGUUAAACAGGACAAAGAAACUAGAGUCAAAAGAUGUAAGACCGAAGAGGCGGAGUUUGAUAAUUUGAAUGAAUCAAGGCAAAUUAAUUCGAAGAUAAAACAGCUUCGCAAAUCUCACAGAUUACCGCCUAGCAAAUGUCCCCUGAUGAAUCAGAAUGCUACGGGUAUACAUGAUCAGGAUCUAUCUGUUCAACUUCAAGACCUGAAACAACAGUUUGAUGGGAAGAAACUUAAGAUAACUAUACAAAGAGCUAAUCUGCAGAGCUUAGAAGCAAUGCACAAAGGUAAUGAAGCAAAUAAAAAAACUGAAUCUGGUAAACAAGAGCAUGGGUCAAUACAAGACGAAGAAAUUGAAAUAUAUGUUAGUAGGAUGUUUUUUGGUACUUCUUCAACAUCCCGUGAUAGAGAGAGGGCUAUCAGGGCUGUGGAAGUGAUCAAGCCUAUGAAUCCUUGUUUCAUGAUUGUCUUGCGGCGCAGUAACUUUGAUUCCUCUACUAUGCAUGUACCAGCUGGGUUUGAUAUUGAGUACUUGAGUGGGGUUGCAGAUCAUAUCAGAGUUCAGGAUUCUGAUGGAAGAGAGUGGCUUAUUGAAUUCAAAAGGCAUAGAAAUUUUGGCUUUCUUUUAAGAAAGGGAUGCUAUAGAUUUUGGAGAGAGAAUAAUUUGAAGGAAGGAGACGUCUGCAUCUUUGAGCUGAGAGAUAAGAAGGCUGCUGUUCACAAAAUAUCAAUUUUUCGUGCAGAUUCAAAUUAAAUAAAUUUACUUGCCUCUUGAUCGGACUUUCUAUUAUGUAUCUUGGAUUCUGAUUGGACUUUCUAUUACUAGCAAGGUG